UAAAUCUUUAAUUCAAGUUUAUAUUGUAGUCGGACGGCCACAUAAUCCUGCAAUCCUGAGAUACGUGCUCACGUGUGAUUUAUUGACUGCCAUCGAGGAAAAGUUAUUCUUCUUGUGGCGAGAAAUGUAACGAGAACUCGAUAUAUCAAGCGGUUACGCUAGCGAUCAUCUUGCAAAAUUACAGUGGUCCAAAAAGGCAUCGCGAUAAAUCUCACCGACGCAUCUCGGUCUUCCGCGCUACGGUCGCCGAGGGCCGCAAAAUUUGGGAGAAAUUUGAUACACACGAUUUAUCUCGACUCGACACCUUGCGUUAUCCUUUUAGCGUCCGUGUCUGAUCGGAAAGAUGAUCGAUGCGGCAGAUCAGGACGAUUAAAGAACUCUAAAAAAAAAAAUGAACGUCAUUGUUGUGCUCUCUAAUGGAAGAACGAUGUCGCUUAACUUAAAAAUACAACAUCUCAUUAUGAAGUUAUCCAACAAUUCCGCAAGGAUUCUCUUUCUCCUACUUCGCGUUUGUUCGGUCGUCGAGUGUAUGAACACGUACAUGGUAACGCACGUAUAGUUACAGCUUCGAUAACCCGGGAAUGUCCGUCUGUGUAUAUAAGUGCAGAGAAACGACGUGGAGCGACAGAACGUUAGCAACGCUAGGUGCAAUAUUGCCGAUCGCCGGUGCACGCGAAAUAAGACGAUAUCUGCUUGUGUACGACGUGAUCUAACCGGAUCUGCUAUACGCACUUACGUGGAGGAAAGAACGGCUCCACUUUCCCAUCUAGUUUGUCUAUCAACCCGUGGGGAUCCAGAGUACUUUGGACGAAAAUGGCCAGGAAAGUCUGUCACGUCAUAUUAAUUAUUUCAUUGUUGACCAGUGCUUAUCUGGGAAUGGCUGCCCCUAAUUGGGAGACCGAUCUUACAAGCAGUAUCAAUACAGAAGUGAAUCGUAUAUUACAAAAUUUGGAUAGGAAUAUAGAAAAUUUGGAUAGGAAUACAGAGAAUUUGAAUAAGCAAGUAGAUAAUUUGAAUGCGCGAAUACAGAAUUCGGUGCAACAAACACUUGCGCAAGUCAACGCGCAAGUCGACGAAACACUCAGGAAUCUACCAAAAGAUGGACAAGGACGUUUAAUAACAAAUGGACAAGUAAUAAGUAGUGGCGGCAGUAACGUCGUAAUCAAUUCUGUAAAUGGUAUUAGUAUGAUAAAGAAAACCGAAUCUGGUUAUACAUUAGACGGAAAACCGUACGUGAAUACUACUAUAGAUAUAAAUGAUGGGAAAUAUCUUCAGCAUGAAGCGACUUUUUACAAUUCAACAUCUAAUGCUAUGGAGAGAAUUUGCUGGAAAUUAAAGCUCGAAGUAGCUCCAGAUGCUCAACCUGAAUAUUCCUCUUGUAAAUAAAACAAUACGUUUUUGUUUACAUGUUCUAUAUUACGGAAACCUAUCAUUUAACCAUAAUAAAAUAUAAAGUACCGAGAAGAGCGGUCGUUUCAAUUGAGAAAGGCGAAGAAAAGUGACGAAUAAAAAAACGGGCAUAAAUUUGCACGAGAAAGAGGUCUGACCAAUAAAGAAUCAUUUGUUACGAUAUAUGACUACGAAAUUUUCAAAGGAGGAUAUGGGUGGGGUACCGCAUUUGCGUUUCGACGCACAUACAGAAUAUAUGUACAUAUGUGACAUACAUAUACAUAUAUGUUUUCAUGCAAUGGCGUCAAAACUAUAUGUGACAAUAAAAAUGUCGUUA